AUGACAGGCAACACACCAGCACCCGCAAAGUUAUCCAAAUCCCGCUUCGGGUCCACAGUCCCCUCCCAAGCCGAUCUCGCCCUCCUCUCCCAGCCCCUCACCCUCCCCUUCUCCGGAAAAGUCAUCAAGAACCGCUUCUGUAAAGCCGCCCUCUCCGAAUCCCUCGCUGGCGCACAAGGACAAUUCGACAAAGACCACUUGGACCGAUUCGUGCCCUUGUACGAUGCAUGGGCUGCGGGUGGGACCGGUUUGAUGUUGACGGGGAAUGUGAUGGUGGAUAGGACGAUGAGGGAGAUGGAGCAUAAUGUGUCUGUUGAGGAUUCCAGGGAUUUGGGAAGGUUGAAAGUAUGGGCGCAGACUGUUCAAAAGCAUGGAGCGGCGAUCUACGCUCAGAUCAGUCACCCCGGUCGCCAGACCCACGGUCAUCUCACCGAGAACCCCGUCGCACCCAGCGCCAUCCCCGUUUCUAACUUCCACCCCCUCAUGUCCUUCAAUCCACCAAGGGAACUAACGACAGAAGAGAUCCAUUCGAUCAUCGCCCGCUUCGUCAAAACCUCCGAGGUCCUCUACGAAGCCGGAUUCGACGGGAUCGAACUCCACGCCGCACAUGGAUACCUCAUCUCCCAGUUCUUGAACCCACGCACCAAUGAGCGUACACAUGAUCAGUAUGGCGGGUCUUUGGAGAAUCGGGCUCGAUUCUUGACGGAGAUUGUUGAAGGGAUCAAGAAGGUUACGCCAAAGGAGUUUUCGAUUGGUGUCAAGUUGAACAGUGUUGAUUUUGGGCGUCGUCGCCAAGGUGGUGCUGGUGGGGAGGAGGAGGUGGAUGAGCAUUUGGAGGAGGCAGUUCAGGUGGCCGUUAUGCUUGAAGGUUUAGGUGUCGACUUUAUUGAGAUUUCGGGAGGCAGUUACGAGAGUUUUGCGACGGGCUUGCUGGACGGAAACGGGGUCCCUGACGGAUCUCCCAACGCCACCACCACCACCACCACCGCCGGCGAAAAGAAGGCCAAGAAAACUGCUGCUUCUUCAAGCACCCAGAAGCGCGAGGCCCAUUUCGCAGUCUUUGCAGAACGCAUCUCCCGCGCCCUCAAGUCCACAAAAAUCAUUCUCACCGGCGGAUUUGUCACCGCCUCGGCCAUGGCUGACUCCCUAAAGUCCACCAAUUCAGGAACACACAUCGACAUGGUCGGACUGGGUCGCACCCUCUGCCAAGAACCCGACCUGCCCAACCUGAUCCUCUCAGGUGCCGUGACCGGAGCUGUCCGCAUGCCAAAGACCCCCGGCGGAUUCUUUGACGAUGUGUUUAUCUGUGGAGGGAACAUUCGGAGGAUGGCGAAUAGGAAAUCCCCUGUUGCUUCGUUGGGUCGGUUGGCCGUUAGUUGUGACCAUUAUGCGUAUUCGAUGGAUUAUGCCAAGGUUGCUGUUCAUAAGGUCAAGACGAUCUUUUCGUAG